AUGCUCUUGGCCAAGUUCGACGGGGACGUCGUCCAAGCAAUACAAGCGCUUAAGGAAUCCGGCCCAGAGCCGAACCCUGAACUUUUAGGCUCGGCCGACGGCUUGCUCGCUGACUUGGGAAACUGCAGAUCGUACUGCGAGGAAUGCCGUCCUCCGCUGCCAUUCCCCUUUGCACGUGCCACGCGGCAAGUCAAGGACGUCUUAACGAUUCUGUUCCCCGAGCACGCGGGAGCAGUUAAUACCACCACCCAGGAAAAUGAACUGGCCGUAUCUAACAAAGCACCUGAGAGGUUCCUUGCGAUGGAAAAGGUUUGGCUGGGGUCGUCCGGCGCGCCUCGGCUGUUCAACGGUCUAUGGCAGGUGUCGUCGCCGUCCUGGGGCUCCGGAUCCGCCCAAAGCCAAGAGGCUGCGCUUUUGCACGCCGUGGAGCACGGGUUGACGGCCACGGACAUGGCCGACCACUAUGGCGAUGCGGAACUGAUAUACGGCGAUUUCAGGAGCAAGCUCGCCCCUGAGAUACGAAGUACGACAUAUGCCGCAACCAAAUGGUGCAUCUUCUCGCCAGUCCCCGAACCUAUAACCACGACAUUCGUGCUCAAUGCGGUUCGCGAACGGUGUCGACGAUUAAGGGGACGAGUCGACCUAUUACAGUUUCAUUGGUAUGAUUACGAGGAUAAAGCAUACCUCAACGUCUUGGCUGAGCUAGUACGCAUCACGAAAUCCCACCCCGAGCUGGUGUCAGCGAUUGGCCUCUGCAACUUCGAUUCCGAGCACGUCGAGGAGUCGUGCAAGUAUCUCAUCGCCGAGACUGGUUCGGUCGGGAUUGUAUCGAAUCAAAUACAAUUUUCUCUUGUAGAUGCGCGCCCGUUGCGGAAGAUGACUCGAUACUUUGACAUGAUCCUUAGUUGGGGCACGUGGAAGGAGUUCCAAGCAUUGCUCGAGAGCCUCUCGACCACAGCUCACAAGCACGGCGUAAGCCUCACGAACGUUGCAACGCGCUGGGUCUUACAGCAGCCAGCGGUAGGCGCGGUUAUCGUAGGGACUAGGCUUGGCAUCUCGGACCAUGUCGCCGAAAACUUGAAAGUGUUCGAGUUUGAACUCGAUGACAGCGACAUGUACAAUAUUAACAGGAUUGCACUUGGCUCGUCAAGACAGAAAGUGACGACCCUCUUCGAUAAACUCGGGGAUUGCGGCAACGAGUACCGGAAGAUGCAUUGAUGGUUGACCGAUCGAAGGCUUAUAAUAUAUUUCAUUAAUUCAGUCUAUAACCCCCCCUCCCCCCUGUUUCACCCUUGAUUUCAAUAGCGCAGUACCAGUAAAACCAUUACAUACAUGUGCAUUUGAGUAGUAUGAAGCUAAUAUUUUGAUCCCUUCUCUACCUGCCUUAGGCACCUAGGUAAUUGACACAAA